AUGUUUUCCAUAUUAUUCUUUGCAGAUAUCAAGUUUGAACCGCACACAUUCAAUGGAACAGAUUAUUACAACUACAAUGACAUUUUUCAUUUCCUGAGAGAAAUCUACAAUACUGAUAAUCUGACAAAAGUCGAUGCUGUAACAUUAAUCCCUUCAUCCACAUACAAAACCCAAGGUGAAUCGUAUAGGACAAUAUGUUCCGUCAUUGUUGGAAAUGUCACAGAAUCACCCGGACGAUUUUUAACAGAAGAUGAACCUUGGAUUCUGAAACCGUAUCUUCUUAUUGAUUUUCAUCAUACAAAAGUUACAUUAACAUCCUAUACAAUAUUACUAAAUGCUGCUUAUCCUCGAUUUAUGCAAAGUUUCCGGAUUCUUGGAGAACUCGAAACCGACGUCUGGAAAGUAAUUGAUGAACAUCAUAAUUACACACCAUUUAUAGAUCCAAAUAUCACUGAUACGGGUGCGAUAAUACCUAACAAUAAGAGACUUUAUCGUUAUUUCUUCAACGUCACAAAUGCCAAAACAUAUUCUCGUUUUAAGAUUGAAAACAUUGGUCCAGAUUCAUAUAAUGAUAAAAUAAGCCCUCAUGCUAAUAUCCUUUCAAUUUCCAAAUUAUUAUUCUUUGGAACUGUCUAUAAUGGAAGAGUUUUCUUUUCACCACAGAAAGCUAAGCAAUCUUGUUCGAAGCUUCUUAAGCUAGGAGCUCUUUCUAUGUACAAUUGA